AUGCAGGAGAGGUAUGCGGAACAGAAAGAGCUUGGUCAGGCUCACGCCGCUAUGGUCAAACAUUUCUCUGCAGACCAUGCAAGGAGGGAGGAGGCAGAGGACAACGAGGUCAAGCAUGUCGUCAUAGUCAAGAACGUUGAGGCGAAGCGCUGGGGUGAGAUCUGUGGACGCCUGGGUGCCAUUGCUGAGUUCAACAAAGAGAGCUCCUACUAUGAUGAUGUCAGCGAGCUUCUGGUGAUUGUUGUGGCCAACGAGAGCUGCCGCGCAGAGUUCGCCUACAGUGGGUACCUCACCAGCCUUGGCAAGCUGAUCAGGGAGAUCACGGAAGACCAGGUCGUACAGUCAGUCAAGGACCUGGCCAUCCCCCUCCUCGACGCACGCAAGUCAAACAACAGAGCUUGGAUGGUGGUUGAACUCUUCAGCGAGGAAGACCUGGACCGCUACAUCGCAACCCCCACCAUCCUUAAUGGCGUGAAGUGGUACAAGGCCCAGUCCUACCAAUCAUAUGGAUCCCUCUCACACUGA